AUGGUUCAUCUCGGGCCUCGUACGCCUCCCACGAGGAAGGAGGCAACAGGCUCCAAGGCGGAUAUCCCCAAGGGCCUCCUGGAGCAGAUUAGGCAUCUGGAGGACCUAUUCACCAUCGAUACCCAGAAGCUCAAGGUCAUCACGGACCACUUUAUCUCUGAGCUUGCCAAGGGUCUGAGUGUUGAGGGUGGAAGUAUCCCCAUGAACCCUACCUGGGUCAUGUCCUUCCCCGAUGGAUAUGAGACGGGCACAUUCCUUGCUCUCGACAUGGGCGGCACCAACCUGCGCGUCUGCCAGAUCACCCUCACGGACCAAAAGUCCGAGUUCGACAUCAUCCAGUCCAAGUACCGCAUGCCCGAGGAGCUCAAGACGGGCUUGAGCGACGAGCUGUGGGGGUACAUUGCCGACUGUCUCUACCAGUUUCUCGAGACUCACCACGGCGACUGCAACAAGAUUGAUACUAUCCCCCUGGGCUUCACUUUCUCCUACCCCGCCACCCAGAACUACAUCGACGAGGGCAUCCUCCAGCGCUGGACCAAGGGCUUCGACAUUGCCAACGUUGAGGGCCACAAUGUCGUUCCCAUGUUUGAGGCUGCUCUGAAGAAGAGGGGCGUUCCUAUUCGCCUAACUGCUCUGAUUAAUGACACCACGGGCACCAUGAUCGCCUCGGCCUACACCGACCCCAAGGUCAAGCUCGGCUGCAUCUUCGGCACGGGCUGCAACGCCGCCUACAUGGAGGACAUUGGCUCCAUCCCCAAGCUGGCCCACCUGAACCUGCCCGCUGACACUCCCAUGGCCAUCAACUGCGAGUGGGGUGCCUUUGACAACGAGCACAAGGUGCUGCCGCGCACAGACUACGACAUCGCCAUUGACCGCGACUCGCCCCGACCUGGCCAGCAGGCCUUUGAGAAGAUGAUUUCCGGUCUCUACCUCGGCGAGAUCUUCCGUCUCGUUCUACUGGACCUUCACGACAACCACCACAUCUUUGAGGGCCAGGACGUGUCAGCACUCCGCAAGGCUUACAGCCUCGACGCAUCCUUCCUCUCCGCCAUUGAGGAAGACCCCUUUGAGAAUCUCCAGGAGACGUACGACAUCUUCUCGGGCCGCCUCAGCAUUGUAUGCACGUGCCACGAGCUCGAGCUGAUCCGCCGCCUGGCCGAGCUUAUCGGAACACGUGCCGCCCGCCUCUCGGCGUGCGGUGUCGCCGCUGUCUGCAAGAAGAAGGACUACAAGGAGUGUCACGUCGGCGCCGAUGGAUCCGUCUUCAACAAGUACCCUCACUUCAAGGCCCGCGGGGCCCAGGCCCUGCGCGAGAUCCUUGACUGGCCCGAGAAGAAGAACGCUAAGGCGGAGGACCCCGUAGAGAUCCUGGCGGCCGAGGAUGGUAGCGGUGUCGGUGCGGCCCUGAUUGCGGCCCUGACGCUCAAGCGUGUCAAGGAGGGCAACCUCGCUGGUAUCCUCCACCCGGAGAACUUCAAAUAG